UUUCUUAUCUAAGCGCUAUCGUGUCGAUUAUUAGGAGAUUCGCUAUUUUCAUUAUUGUCUCAUGUGGUUCUCAUGUUACCUGUUGAUUUAUGUUGAAAGGGGAUGUAAACAUGUGAAGAACCAAGGGAAUGUAUCUGAAGUGAAGAAGACGCUUGCAGCUAAACAUGGAUAUUUCAGAUGAAAAUAUUGCUGAAAAGCAACAGACAGACGAUGAUGAUAUGGACACGUCAUUGACAGAACUCGCGUCAGAAACCACCGACUGUUCCCAAUCACUCGGAAAGUUGGUGAGCACAGACUCUCCUGAGUUGCUCGUCGAGGAAGUGACGGAGAAAAAUAUUCAAUCUGAUAAUGAUGAAGCUCCAGUAGACAUGAACGAUAUCAUUGAAUUACACCCCAACGAAGGUAUUUUAUCUGAAGAUGAUAGCGAAAGUGUUGAAAUGUCAAAGGAAGACAAUGCAAGCAAAAAUGUUGAACAUCACCAACCUAUGUCAAUAUCAGAAAAUACUGAGGAUGACCAAAAUACAAAUACUCGCUCAUUGAUAGAUACACCGAAUGAAACUAAUAGUGAUGGUGGUGCUACAGAAAACAAAGACAUUGAAAAACCAGGUGACAGUCCCGUAGAAAAACCAGGUGACAGUCCCGUAAUAUUAGGUACGGAAUCGGGUAACACGAAAAACGCUGCUGAUAUCGGAAUCAACACUGGCAGUGUAACUGAUAGUGCUUCUGAAGACGAAAAUAUUUCUUAUGAUAUAACAGUUAAUGAUGAUUCUAUCACUGAUAAUUUAAUGGAGAAUGGUGAAGAAAAUGGAAUAGUUAUCAACGAAAAAGACAUCGUAACGGCUGCUGAUGUGUAUGGUCGAGGAAAGCGCAUACAAACUGAGAAAAAUUCCAAUGAAAAUAUGUCUGAUGAGGAAGAUGAUGAAGGAAAGGGUUUGUUAUUUCUUCGGUAUCGAACCUUGAGAAGUGAACAAAACUAUGCCAAAAAUCCAUAUGUAAAGAGUCCAAAUAAAAGAACACUUUCAAGUCCAGGUAGAAAAAAAGCAUCAAGGAAAGUUUUAGCUAAGAACUUUGAUGAAGAAAAAGUCCUUUUACCAUUAAAACAAGGAUGGAGAAGAGAAGUGGUGAUCCGAAAUGUCUUUGACAAGUUUACCUCGGUGGGAGGACUUAAACAAACACCAGCAGAUGUUUACUACCACCCACCCAAAGGAAAGAAGCUUAGGUCCAUGAAAGAAAUUGUUGAUUACUUAAAAACGACAGGGUCUCCCUUCACAGAAGACAACUUUUCACUUCUGCGACGUCCAAUAUCUGAGCCUCCAUAUGAGGUAGUGCGAAAUGCGGGGAAAUCAAAAGGGAGAACAUCUUUUUCGAAAGAGGAAGAUGCCUCAUUUGAUACGCCACUGGUCAAGCCAGAAGUUGUGAUAGAAAGAGCAGAUGAUGAGGGGGAGGAGGAAGAAGAAAUUGAGGAAGUAGAGAAAAAUAAAAAAAUAAUAAAAUCUACACCUGUGUCGACCAUUUCAAAACAUGCAAAAAUGAAAAUAACACCAAUGAGACCCACUUUCAAGUACCAGGGGAGAGGGAGACCUCCGAAAAACAAGAAACUACCACAUUUAACAAAAACAAAAAAUCUUUUGUAUCGGCAUUCAUCCAAACAGCAACAUGGACAUGGUUACACAGAGACACUGAUCAAAGACGUUACAGUGACAAUGCCCGAUUUUUCUAAUCAAGAUGGUGACACAGAGGACUCCAGCACAUCCGAUAUGCCCCCAGUAAAGAGAUUCAAAGCUACUGCACGAAAGAGUACAACUCCAAGGUGUUACAAGUAUUUCAAACUCCCAUCUCAAAAUUCUAGUCAAAAAACAGGACCAGAGACCCUGUGUACUUUGUCGUGUCCCGGCCAGGAAAACAUUCCACCGAGUCUCCAGUGUGUUGUAUGUUUGUGUCUGUUCCACCCACACUGUGUUGCCUUCACUCCCUCAGAUAACCAAGAGUUCACUUGUCUGAGAUGUUAUGAUCCAUCUCAACUCCAGCCACGAACUAAAGCCAUAACUGUGAUGAGAGUUGCACCAGCCACUCCGGUUCCUAUCUCCCCCCGUACAUCUGCUCCAGUCAUCAAACAGGAACCGGUGGACCCCGAUCAUCCUACGCCGAAGGAUGUCAACCCAACCCUACUCGAACAUUUACGCACUAGCAUACUGGAGCGACAAGUUCCCUCGACCAUUGCUGGUCACAAUGCAUCAAUUUUGUCUCCUGUGCGGGCCGCUAUAGUUGGGCCGAGACAAGAUGUAUCCUGUUCGGUAGUCAGUCCAUCCAAUCAGAACCUUCCAAAAUUGUCAUUACUCACGGAUCCAGUGAGGCGAGCUGAUGUACAAGGAAAAGUGUAUAUGUCACUUUCAGGGGUAGUGUCCCACAACACUCCCCAGAGUCAUCCAAACACCUUGCUAGUUCCUGGAACAAGUCUUUUGACAAAUGCCCAGGUAGCAGGAUCAACAUUACAUUUGCCACGUCUGGUGGCUCCAGUUCCUCAUAUGCAGUAUGUUUCCCCGACCCCCACUACACCGAGCUUGAGAACACCGGUCCUAUCUAUGAUGCCUCCAAGACUAAUAGCAGCACCCAAAACACCACCUGUUAUCAUUGUGGAUUCUAACAAAACGCCACCAAUUGCAUCAAAUUUGAUGAAUGAAACCCCAUCACCAGAACUAAAUGGAAAAACAGGUCAGAUAUUGACGCUUCCAAGUGCUGUGGCGAAGCGGUUAAAUCUGCAGCAGCCUUUAGCACUCAAAAUUAACAAUGUUCAGAUAACUGUGCCUCCCUCGUCUUUCCUCUUCACGACAGAUGGUCUCAAAUUAUUCCUGCCCCCAAAGACAUUUCCUUUACAAUUAGGAGAAACUGCCAAGUUGAGUGUAACUGUGACAAACGAUAAAUCAAAUGCCUCUCAGCCGGAGGUGAGUGUUAACAUCAAUACAGACCAGUCAGACAGCUCGGCACUCGGAUGUAUCAAACCCCUUACUGGUGAUACCGUUCAAACCACAGUCCACUCCAAGGCCAACACAGGCCAUUGUUCCACACGGUGGAGAACUGGGAUCAACCCAGGCAUGUGUUAUGUGAAAAAACUGUAUGGUGGCUUUGACUGCAUGUUCUGUAUCUUCCAGUAUCUCAAUAUGAAAGACUUGCUCAGGGUUGCCAUGGUGUGCAGAACAUGGAGACAGUUAGCCAUGCACCCCAGUCAUUGGAGAAAUUUGAGACUUCAGAGUUUGAAGAUCCUGAACUGGGAGAGAGCCAUUGACUUCAUGUUACUACGAGCUGUACAGUCGCUGAACCUACAUGGGCUACUUCAUAACGGAGACACGAACCGCACGUGGCACCAAAUGAUACCACAAAUCCACAAGCUGUCGUGUCUGCGAAAGAUCUCCUUCGGCCUCGUGCCAGCUUCAGUGCUACACAUGUUCAGUGAGAAGAUGCCGUAUCUGGAGGUGUUCAAUGCGGAGACAAUAACCGACAUGACCAACGAAGAAAUGUGGUCUGUUUCUACCAAACUUGAUUUAGGUAAGUUCUCAGCUCUGACCCAGCUUCGAGAGUUGAGACUGCGUGGAGUGGCUGGCCUUCUGCUCCCUUCCUUUUCCUUCAGUGGUGGAAUGGCUCAGCUCGGUACCAUGAAGAAUCUCACAACACUGUCAUUGACAUCCUUAAAAGAUGUGGGUGAUCAGGAAUUCGGAUUCCUGGCUGAACUGACAAAUCUGGAGGUUCUGGAGCUUGGUCACUGCUCCACAUGGUCAUCAGAGGCUUACUUCCACCUGGGACAGCUGAAACAGCUCAAGUGUCUGCGUCUGGAGAGUGGUGGAGAGAUACCAGACAUUGGUCUCGGUGAUUGUCUCCUCAAUAUGAAAGAACUGGAGAAACUGGAAUUGAUGAUGUUUGUGAUUGCCGAGUCGGUACAUUUGUCCCUUAGCCAGCUACCAAAACUUAGUCAUCUAGCCAUAUGGCCAAGUACAAGUAGUCAGCCAGCAGCAUUAGUGAAUUCCCACGUACUGGCAGUUGUGUCAAGACUUGCAAAAUUGAAAAAACUGGAGUGGGGAAUUGUGAAAGACCAGGACAAAUCUGUGGCAGCUGAAAGUGAUGACACUGCAGAUCUUCACAAUAAGGCACAGGCCGAAUGGAUUCCAUUCCUGUCGGCAGGUUUACCGGCUGAAGGAGUAGACAUCUCAGACAGUUCCUCUGUUCAGUUUAUGAGUGUUCACCAGUUUACCGAGAAACUUGCCAUUAUCCACCCAACAACAGAUAUUAAUGUGUUCAGUACACAUCUGUUACAUCCCAAACAGUUCCAAGCAAAUGUGGUUAGCUAGCAUUAAUUACUCUAGGAGAGGACUGGAUCUCGUUACAAUGCAACAUGCCCCACCAUUGGUCAAGGCUAAUAAAGUACCAACCUUUGAACAGAAUUUCUACAGCAGAGUCUGUCUAAUGGACAGUUGUCCGUAAAAACGGUAACAAUAUAUACGGACCUUUCUGGAAAGCUAAUUAUUCAUCCAGAAAGAUUUUUGUAGAAUCUGUUGUGAGAGACCAUUGGCCAGAACGUUUUAAACACCUUUUUUUUUUUUUUUUUUUAAACCCAAGAACAAUGACGAUUAGUGUUUGUGUUGUCAGAAAUAAAUUUUUUAACGUCGGUGAAUUAAAUGAAGUCUCAUUAAAUAUAUUGCAAAAUGACCAUUUUCACAUUUUGCAGUUCUAAAUAAACAUCCAUAUUGAAUCAUAUUGAGGUUCUUCCAUGCAUGUCUGUUAAAUUUGUCUAUUGCAGAUAAUGAAUUUCGCUAAUGGAGGAAUUGUGACGUUUUUGAUCACAUUAUCUUUUUAACUGAACAAAGGAUGAUAUAAGAAAUAAAUUGUACAAUUCUU